AUGCCCCCGCGGGAGCUGGCCGAGCUGGCCCAGGUGGCCCAGGUGGCCCGGGUGACCCGGGGACCCCGGAGGAGCAGCGCCACCGCCGAGCUGGGCAUCAAAUGCGUCCUGGUGGGCGACGGCGCGGUGGGCAAGAGCAGCCUCAUCGUCAGCUACACCUGCAAUGGCUACCCCGCCUGCUACCGACCCACGGCCCUCGACACCUUCGCCGUGCAGGUCAUGGUGGACGGAGCCCCUAUGCGGAUUGAACUCUGGGACACGGCUGGACAGGAGGAGUUUGACCGCCUGCGCUCGCUGUGCUACCCCGACACGGAUGUCUUCCUGGCUUGCUUCAGCGUGGUCCAGCCCGGCUCCUUCCAGAACAUUGCCGAGAAGUGGCUACCCGAGAUCCGCACCCACAACCCGCAGGCGCCCGUGCUGCUGGUGGGCACCCAGGCCGACCUGCGGGAUGACGUCAACGUGCUGAUCCGCCUGGACCAGGGGGGCCGGGAGGGCCCCGUGCCCCCGCCCCAGGCCCAGGGACUGGCCGAGAAGAUCCGGGCCCAGGGCUACCUGGAGUGCUCGGCCCUGACCCAGAAGAACCUCAAAGAGGUGUUUGACGCGGCCAUCCUCAGCGCCAUCGAACAUAAAGCCCGGCUGGAGAAGAAGCUCAACGCUAAAGGCGUCCGCACCCUCUCCCGCUGCCGGUGGAAGAAGUUCUUCUGCUUCGUCUGAGCCUCCCCUGCCCCCCGACCCUGGCGGGUCAGGAAGCAGCAGGGGGUGGAGGGCAGCGGAAGGCCGGACUGAGGGGAGAGGAGCGGGGUGGGCGGCUGGAACGGCUGGCAGUGCCAGGGUGAGCCACCUCCCUCCUCGACCGGUGUCCUCCUCCUGGCGACCCCUGAAUUUCCCUUUGGGAGCCGCGGCACGUGGGAGGAGAAGGAGCCGGAGCCGGAUUCCGGGACCCCUUGAAGGGAACGUGUCCUUCACUGGGAAAAUGGCUGCCUGCCGCUCCAGCUCAUUCUGGGAGUCGGUUCAGAGCAUCCCAGCCUAGGGACCCACUGGGUGUCCCUAAAGGAGGAAGAAUCCCUACUGGAUUGGGAGAGGGGACUCCCCACCUCCCAACCCCCAUCACCUAAAACUCUCCGACACAUACCUCAGUGCCACCCAGAUCCCGGGCCCUGUGGAGGGACAGGGGAGGGACAGCCCGAGCUGAUGGCCGGGCCUGAGAAAGCAGGGGACAGAGAGGCCUGAGGGGACUCUGGAGCGGUGGGCCAGGAGGGCAGGACGCAGGCCAGAGCCAAGGAAAGAGGAGUCGGAGGGAGGAGCAGAGGUCAGUGAUGACAUUAUGAGGUCCUUUUCCCCGCGCCCCAGCCCAACCCCGCCUGAGGCCGGAGAGGGAAGAGCCCAGGGCAGGAGUGAGAGGAGUGCUCUCUGUCCCGGUUUGUUACACACUGCCCAAACUGGCUGGGCAGGGAGCAGGG